AUGACGGGUGAACUGCUGCUGGACGCUGUUGAGGUGUCUUCUCUUGCUGAGCUGCAGGAGUUGAUACUUGUCAAGAUGGGUUCGAGCAAGUUCUGUACUUGCAGGCUUUUGACAGCUGAUGGCCAUCCCCUGAAUACACUGGAGGAGGCAGACAACAGCACUUCGAUUACUGCUGUCGUUGUUCCCCAUAGUCCUCUCUUGCAGAUGGUUGGCUUGCAGGAUGACAAGGGAAACCUUUUGGAUCCAGCGGUGCCCCAGGAAGAGCAGGAGGAGAUUGCUCUGAAGGUUGCCUUUCGUCUCGCAUCCAUUGGAUGUUGGUUCGGUGGGCCUGGACAUCUUUGUGGCUACCCGACUAUUCCCUGGAAACAUGGCGAUGUGCUGAAGCCACCGCCUGCAUUCCAAGUAAGCGACGAAGGCAGCAGUUUGGGAGCACAGGUCAGGCAAACAACCGCUGUGGUCCACGCCGGGGCAGCUGUCAAAUUCAGCUUGUCAGAAGGAUCUGCAGUUCCAAUGACGUUAGAGGACUUCACGGCGGAGAAGCAUUUGACAGUGGGCGACAUUAUCAAGAUUCGCAACAAGCACGGCCUUGCAUGCGAUCAGAAAAGAGAAGAGCUGUUGGCCAAGAGUCCCGAAGCAGAGUAUGUAAGUCCGCAGAUUUCUGUGAAAGAAUAUGGCCUGGAUUGCGUACACUUUGUACUGAGCUACAGGCUUCUGCGCGACGAUGACUUCUGCUGA